AUGAUUGAAAUACAUGCACUCAAUAUCUAUGAAACAAAACCCUAUGGGGACAAAACUGAACCUGUGUAUAAGUUACUGACAACAGAAGAAUUAUUAAUUGAAAAAGAAAAAGCUGAAAAAAAAGCUCAUGUUUUAUUACAAAUACCUCCUGUUCUUCCACCGAGAGGAGAAAUUGAAAAAGUAUUAAGCACUGAUACUGAUUUAGAUGGUUUCGACAUUCAUCAUUCUAAAUAUGUUUUCACUGACAUUUCGUUAGAUACAACAGAUAGAAAUAGAAGCAUUGUAGUUAGGGAACCUAAUGGUGUGCUGAGGGAAGCAAGAUGGCAUGAGAGGGAGAAAAUAAAUCAAAUUUAUUUUCCUGUAAAGGGUAAAGAUAUAAUUUUACCAAAAAUGUUUGAAGAUGAACAUUUACAAAAUACUUUAAAUCGUGGAGAUUAUAAGUUCAUUUUAGAUCGAGCAUGUCUUCAGUUUGAACCGAAUGAUCCAUUGUAUAUAAAAAUAACGACCAAAACAUAUGAAUUUAUAAAUGAUAAAAAAGAUUUUAAAAAAUUGCUUUCAACCAGGCAUUUUGGAUCUUUAACUUUUUAUCUUUUAAUUAAUGAUAAAAUAGACAACUUGCUCGAAGAUAUUAUUGUUUCGGAGAAAAUAAAAGAUGCAUUUUCAUUAGUAAAACUAUACCACAUUAUUCAUCCACAAUGUAAAUCCAAACCUCAGGAAGAUAUUGAUGUAGACAUCAGAGAAUUAGAAAAUUAUAUAACAAUGGAUUCAAAGAACCCGACAUUAUUAACAUCAGCUUUAAAUUGUUACCUUAUGAAAAAUGAAAAUGAAAAGAAAGAAGAAAUUAAGAGUGCAGUUUAA